GGCGGCAGGCGCCGGGUGGGGGACCCGAACGCCCGGGCAGCAGUCACCGCGCCGUCAGAGCAGCGAGCGCUGAGCGGCCAUGAGGGAGAUCGUGCAUAUCCAGGCUGGCCAGUGCGGGAACCAGAUCGGCACCAAGUUUUGGGAAGUGAUCAGCGACGAACAUGGCAUCGACCCGGCCGGAGGCUACGUGGGUGACUCUGCGCUUCAACUGGAGAGAAUCAACGUCUACUACAAUGAGUCCUCGUCUCAGAAGUACGUGCCCAGGGCCGCCCUGGUGGACUUGGAGCCGGGCACCAUGGACAGCGUGAGGUCUGGGCCUUUUGGGCAGCUCUUCCGGCCUGACAACUUCAUCUUCGGACAGACUGGCGCCGGCAACAACUGGGCCAAGGGCCACUACACAGAGGGCGCUGAGCUGGUGGACUCUGUCCUGGACGUGGUGCGGAAGGAGUGUGAGCACUGCGACUGCCUGCAGGGCUUCCAGCUGACCCACUCGCUGGGCGGUGGCACCGGGUCUGGGAUGGGGACCCUCCUCAUCAGCAAGAUCCGCGAGGAGUACCCUGACCGCAUCAUGAACACCUUCAGCGUGAUGCCCUCGCCCAAGGUGUCGGACACGGUAGUGGAGCCCUACAACGCCACCCUGUCCGUGCACCAGCUGGUGGAGAACACAGACGAGACCUACUGCAUCGACAAUGAAGCACUGUAUGACAUCUGCUUCCGCACCCUGAAACUGACCACCCCCACCUAUGGGGACCUCAACCACUUGGUGUCAGCCACCAUGAGUGGCGUAACCACCUCCCUGCGCUUCCCGGGCCAGCUCAACGCUGACCUGCGCAAGCUGGCCGUGAACAUGGUGCCCUUCCCACGCCUGCACUUCUUCAUGCCUGGCUUCGCCCCACUCACCGCCCGCGGCAGCCAGCAGUACCGGGCGCUGACCGUCCCCGAGCUCACCCAGCAGAUGUUUGAUGCCAAGAACAUGAUGGCCGCCUGUGACCCGCGCCACGGCCGCUACCUGACCGUGGCCGCCGUGUUCCGGGGCCCCAUGUCCAUGAAGGAGGUGGAUGAGCAGAUGCUGGCCAUCCAGAACAAGAACAGCAGCUACUUCGUGGAGUGGAUCCCCAACAACGUGAAGGUGGCCGUGUGUGACAUCCCACCCCGGGGCCUGAAGAUGUCGGCCACCUUCAUUGGCAACAGCACAGCCAUCCAGGAGCUAUUCAAGCGUAUCUCGGAGCAGUUCUCAGCCAUGUUCCGGCGCAAGGCCUUCCUGCACUGGUUCACGGGCGAGGGCAUGGACGAGAUGGAGUUCACCGAGGCCGAGAGCAACAUGAACGACCUGGUGUCCGAGUACCAGCAGUACCAGGACGCCACGGCCGAUGAGGGCGAGGAAGCUUUUGAGGAUGACGAGGAAGAGAUCAAUGAGUAGAGGCGUGUCCUGCCUUGGACACCGAGGCUCAGAGGUCUUUUCUCCAAGCCUGGUGUGUCUCCUGGCCGCCCAGGGGAGUCCCGUCUGAGUGUGGGGACCGUCCCCUCACAGGGGCGGCGGACUGUCCUGUCCGUCAUCUGGGAUAGAGGGCGUCAGAAGAGCGGGAACUGGCAUCCCUGUCCGAACAUCGUACCAGAGAGGACACGAAAGAACUCAUGGGCCAUAAAUAAAGGGCUAAAUAAACAAAC